UACCGUCAUAAAUUGGAUGUUGUCAUCUGUCAAGUUGAACCAUUAAAUUGACAGUGCUGUGACCUGUCUUGGAUCUGCAUUUUAUUCAGGCAUAUCAUGUUAGGAUAACCUCGCAGCCUUACGUAAGGCACCUACAAAAUGGGUAGUACAGUAUCAACAGAGGCAGAGAAGCCUAAAAAUUUUGCCAAAAAUGUUAAUCCUCCCGCAGAAUGCCCAAUGCACAAUAAAAUGGAAAACCAAGAAAAAAAGGCAGAAUCGCGACCAUCAGAAUGUCCCAUUCAAAAGGAAGAUGUUAAUCCUUAUAACAUGAUGCCUCCUGCUAAUCAACAACCCGCACCAGACCAACCAUUUGAACUACCUACUCAGAGACAAGUAUCGAGUAUCCCUCGUGCUAUGCCUGAUGGAUCCACCGAAUUCUGGGUAUAUCCAAGUCAACAAAUGUUUUGGAAUGCAAUGUUACGUAAAGGUUGGCGUUGGAAGGAUGAAGACAUUCAACCUAAGGAUAUGGAUGAUAUCAUCAAAAUUCAUAAUGCUAACAAUGAACAGGCAUGGCUAGAAGUGUUGAAGUGGGAAGCUUUACAUGCAAAAGAAUGUGGACAUCCCAGGCUUAAGAGUUUUGGAGGAAAAGCAACACAAUAUAGCCCUAGGGCUCGUAUCAGAUCAAUGCUCGGGUAUGAGUUGCCUUUUGAUCGCCAUGAUUGGAUUGUAGAUAGGUGUGGCAAAGAAGUGAGAUAUAUUAUUGAUUAUUAUGAUGGUGGUGAAGUGGAUAGUAAAAAUGAGUUUGCCCUGUUAGAUGUCAGGCCAGCCAUGGAUUCAUUUGAAAAUGUAUGGGACAGAAUGAAAGUUAUGUACAUGAGAUACCGGUUUGAAUUGUUGGAAAAUAAAGAGAAACCCAAAAUUACAAAUUGACCUUACAUUUUUGCAGUCUUUAUAUUAAGAGAGUAAAAUCUCAUUUUUUGUUUUAUUGCUGUAAAUGGAAUAUCUAAAAAGUAUAUAUUAAACUGAUACUUUUACUUGAAUUGCUCCUAAUAACACUGGACAAUGAUUAAAUUGAGAAAAAAUUUGGACAACUGUUAUUUGAAAAGGAAUCGGUUUAUCACUGAUAUGUAUUCUUGAAAAAUUGAUAAUGAACAUAAAUAUCCUUAUAUGAAAGGAAGGAUAUAUUUAUAAGGAAUUUCUUAUCAACAGUCCCACCACUACUAUGUAUUACUUAAAUCAUUUUUAUUAAAUUUCUAUGUGGAGUUGUUCUGUGAACAGAAAUAAUUGUUACUGCAGUGACUCUUUGUGAUUUAACAUUAUUCACUUCAUUAUUUCACAAUAAUUUUCACUAUGUACUAAUCAGUAGUUUAAUUAGGAGUAGAAUAUAGAGAUGUUGGUAAUUUAUUACUAAGUUGAUGACCACAAUUGACUUGACUUGUUUGUAGAUAUACAUGCUUCAAAUACUGUAUAAGUUACUUAGUAGUGCUUAUAAAAGUUGUGAAUCAUAUUGUGGAGUGUUGAAAAUAUUACUUUACAUUGCAUCUUAUAAUAAAUUAUUAAAAU